AUGAAGUUUUUAUUGAUUGUAGUUGGGACCAUUGUAGUAGCCAAUGCUUUGUCCACCAAAGAACAAUGGGAGAGCUUUAAGCUUAACCAUAAUAAAUCUUACGCACAUUUCCUAGAAGAAAACUAUCGCUUGUCAGUUUUUCAGUCAAAUCUAAAGAAAAUUGAAGAACACAAUGCCAGAUACAAGAAGGGUGAAGUUUCAUAUUACAUGGGUGUAACCAAAUUUGCAGAUUUAACUGCCAAAGAGUUUAUGUCUAUACUUAAUAAACAACUAGGCACCAAGCCAAAAAGUCAUGCCACACCGGCACAACUUUCCGAUGAUCCUGUACCUGAUUCAUUUGAUUGGAGAGAAUCAGGAGCAGUUUUGGAAGUUAAAGACCAAGGCAAUUGUGGAUCUUGUUGGGCAUUUAGUACUACUGGAGCCCUAGAAGCACAAAACUACUUAACCAAUAAAGUGACACUUCCUCUUAGUGAACAGGAACUAGUAGACUGCUCACGUUUAUACGGUAAUUCUGGUUGUGGUGGAGGCGAUAUGGAAGCAGCCUUUAAGUAUAUUAAAUCCAAAGGUUUAUCAAGCGAAGAAGCAUAUCCAUACGAAGCAAAAGAUGACACCUGUAAACGAAACGCUAGCAAUAUUGUUCUUAAAGUAAAAGACUUCCAAACUGUCGCAAAUAAUGAUGAUUCGUUAAGACGUGCUAUUGCGACAGUGGGACCUAUAUCUAUAGCAAUGCAAGCCACUACACAUUUGCAACUUUAUAAAGGAGGAAUAUUGAACGAUCCAAGUUGUGUUAAUUACGCGCCGUUUAUGAAUCAUGGUGUUUUGGCUGUUGGUUAUGGAACACAAGACGACACAGACUACUGGAUUGUUAAAAAUUCCUGGGGAACUUUGUGGGGCGAAGAAGGUUUCUUUAGAAUUCAAAGAAACACAUGUUGCAUCACCUGCGAUGCUAGCUUUCCUAGGCUUUAA